AGGGCGUGGUUCCGGGCCGCGCAGGAACAGCUGGUGCCGGACGAGGGCGUGGGCGGGAGGAGCUCGCGCGGGGUGCGCGGGGUGUGCGGCGGAGAGGGGGGCUCGAGCUGCAGCAGGAGCCGCCGCCGCCGCCGCCGCCGCCGCCCGCCCGCCUUGCACCAUGUUCGCGCAGCUCGAGCGCUGCGAACGCGAGUGGCACGAGCUGGAGGAGGAAUUCCAGGAAUUGCAGGAAACCCACAAAGUAUAUAGACAGAAGCUGGAAGAGCUGACCACACUCCAGGCCUCCUGUAGUAGCUCCAUCAGCAAGCAGAAGAAACGGCUAUCAGACCUCAAGGGUAGUCUCCAGAGGUGUAAGCGGCAUGCCAACUUUGAAGAGGCCGACCUCAUUCAGCAGAUGAGCGCCAGCAUCAAGGAACGGCAGAAUAUCUUCUUUGACAUGGAAGCUUACCUGCCCAAGAAGAACGGGCUGUAUCUUAGUCUGGUUCUGGGCAAUGUCAACGUUACCCUCCUCAGUAACCAGGCCAAGUUUGCUUACAAGGAUGAAUACGAGAAAUUCAAGCUUUACUUGACUAUUAUCUUCCUGCUUGGAGCCAUAGCCUGCAGAUUCUUCCUACACUACAGAGUAACUGAUGAAGUGUUCAACUUCUUGCUGGUCUGGUACUACUGCACGCUCACCAUCCGGGAAAGCAUCCUCAUCAGCAACGGCUCCAGAAUUAAAGGCUGGUGGGUAUCUCACCACUACGUCUCCACAUUUCUGUCGGGGAUAAUGCUGACCUGGCCAAACGGACUCAUCUAUCAAAAGUUUCGCAAUCAGUUUUUAGCUUUUUCCAUCUUUCAGAGCUGUGUCCAGUUCCUACAAUAUUAUUAUCAGAGCGGAUGCCUCUACAGACUCCGGGCUCUGGGGGAAAGGAACCAUUUGGACCUGACAGUGGAGGGAUUCCAGUCUUGGAUGUGGAGGGGUCUUACCUUUCUCCUACCGUUCUUGUUCUGUGGUCAUUUCUGGCAGCUUUAUAACGCCAUCACCUUGUUCGAGCUCUCUACCCAUGAGGAAUGCAAGGAGUGGCAGGUCUUCGUCUUGGCCAUCACCUUCCUCAUCCUCUUCCUGGGCAAUUUCCUGACCACGCUCAAAGUCGUGCACGCCAAACUCCAGAAGAAUAGAGGCAAGGUGAAGUUAUGAGCGGCGUGGCCUUCCCUGCCCGAGGGACCCCGGGGUCCUGGAGGCCCUCGCCAGGCCCCUGGGGCGCCGGAGCCGGCCGUGGGACCUCUGACACAGCCAGCUCCAGACUAGAAGAAUGUGAACGCUCCCCUUCAGUAUUACCCCAGACCUGUGCCCCCAAUCUAGAUGCCUGGUUCCCUCUUUGUGUCUGUUUAAGACUGGCUCUCCCCCGCCCCCGGAACCAGAGACCUCUCUUGCCCUGAUAGCUGCCAGCCUCCAGGUCCGGUCCCGGCUCGGGGCGGGGAGAGCGAGCAUGUUUCGGAGUCUCCCCGUGUUUGGAGGUGAACUUUGCCGUUCCAGCGUGAGCCGGACGGUGCCGGAUCCUUCAGUGCCCUGGGGGCCUCCCCCCGGGAAUGCUGCUACUCCCCCAGGAUCCUCCCUCCGCCCUCCUGCCUCCCUCGCGGGGGCCAUUUCCCGAAGGCCCCAGAGCUCCUCGUUUCCAUCAGCACCCGGGCCUUCUGUCUCUGCGGGAGGCGCCCCCCGGAGCCGGGGCUUCUCUCCCCUAGGCAGCCUUUCCUCGGGACUCCUGCCGGCCUCCGAGAGAGGGGGGCUGGAUGUUUACAAGACGGACUCCCAAGGCUCCCCGCUGGGCAUAACGGAAAGAGCGUUGGAUUCGGAGGCAGAGCCUCGUUCAGAUCCUGCUGGUGGCCGGAGGGACUGAACGAGGGUCUCUGGGCUGCCACCUCCCACCGAGAGCCCCGCAGCCCCUCUUCUAGCACAGCUGCCUGGGGCCGGCCUCCCGGGACCCCCCACAUCCCGAAGCGUCCCCGCUGGGGUGGGGGCUGGGUUUGGAGCCGGGGGGCGCCGCCCCGAGGGCAGUGGGGGCACACUCAGGGAAAACGGGCUCAGGCUAGGACUCAGGACCUCUCACAGCCCGGGCACGCGGGCUACCGGGAGAGUCAUCGAGGGGGUGAGCUGGGGGUGGGGAGGAAGCCGGGGAGACCCGAGCUUUGUUUGGCUGCUCUGAGGAAAGCGCCCCCUCCUGUGGCCGGGUGAGAAUCGCUUCUGUCUGGGGCGUGGCCACGCCUAAGCACUUCCCCCCAACCGCCGCCAUCUUGGGGGGUCGAGGGGGACUGUGACCAGCCAGAAUCUCCUCCCCCACCUCCCUAGUCUGUAGGUGACCACCGUCCUCUCCCAGACCCUGGGAUGGUUUCCGUUUUUAAUAAAAAACGCUCACUUGUC